AUGGACAGAGUCAAUAAGCAUCAUACCAAAGUAGUUCUCCUUCGUUAUAUGCAAACAUACACACAGAAAAGUGCAAAAGAAGGCAAAACCACAGAAAAACCAAUAAGAAAAGGGUAUAAGUUAUUCUUUGAAUACUAUCAUGUUUUUGAUGUAGUUGGGCUAAAUGUGGAUAAUUGCAGUAUUAAAGGAAAGUGCUAUCGAUCCCCAAAAAAGUCACAAGUCCUUCAUAACAUGACUGUUAAUCUGUCCAAUAAUGGAGACAUUAUGAAUGCAAAAUGUAAUUGUGUAGCUGGAGCAAGUGGUUUCUGUUGUCAUGUCAUGGCAUUAUUAUAUCUCAUUGACCAUACUCUGAAACUAGGCUUGGAGACCUUUCCUAGAGUGGGUACAUGCACUGAUAAUCCACAGCAAUGGCAUAAACCAAGAACAUUAGGAAUCAAGGCAGAACCUAUCAUGGGGAUUAGUGUUAUUGACCCUAAGCAUGAGAAGAAAAGAUUUUCAGGAAUACAAAGCACACUUUUUGAACCUAGACAGGGUCCUGCACAAAAUAGUAGUGGUACAAACAGUUUACAUGAAAAAAUUAAUCAGCAUUUUGCAAACUUAGGAUUUGCAGAAGUAUUCUCUGAUGCAAACCUACGGUUCAGACAAAAUUAGUUAAAAUUAUGCACUAAAGUACCCAUAGGAAGUGUAUUAAGCUACCAGCUCUCACUUACAGAAGGUAACAUUCAAGUAUUUACAAAUAUUCCAGCACUGUCACGCCCAUUAAGUAUCAUUAAUACAUUUCCUGAUUUACCAUAUUCUGAAUAUCAAACAGUCUCCUAUUAUGAACCAUUGCAAGCGGAAGAGGAUAGCUUUAUUCAUGAAACUCUACCUGUUACGAAUGCAACGAUGAUUGAAGGGGAAACUAGAGGCCAAAAGGAUAAUGCAAAAUGGUUUGAUAUGAGAAAAAAUAGAGUUAGUAGUAGCAAUUUUGGGCAAGUGUGUAAGCGUAAGGAUAAUAUAUCGCAGGAGAAGCUGGUUAGCCAAUUAGUGAAUGGAAAGGAUAUUUCUCAUAUUCCUGCUGUAAACUGGUAUCGAUAA